AUGGAUGCACAGAGGUACAAACAAGAUAAGCUCAAUGCUGAAUCACUUCACACAAACCCACAAUAUAAAACACCAUUGCCGAUUGAAAAACAUGCCGGUGAAGUCUAUACUAGAAAAAUUUUUUUUCUUUUUCAAAAUGAAGUUUAUAAGUCUUGUUUCAAAACUUAUAUUCAAAGUAUUGAAAAGAAUGAAAGUGUGGAAAGUAUAACUGUUUUGGACUCAACGGUAAGUAAGAUGUACAAGGUGAAUUUUAUACUGGGAAGUUCGAUUGACGAGUUGAAGGUAGAUUGUGAUUGCAAGUUAUUUAAACGGAUAGGAAUAUUAUGUUCCCAUGCGAUUUGUGUUAUGAGUGCAAGACAAAUAACACAAAUACCAAAGCAAUAUGUUUUAGAUCGUUGGACGAAGCUAGCAUUAAAGAAGCCUAUUUUUGAUUUGCAUGGGAAUCUGAUUGAAGAGAGCAAAAAGUGUAACAACGUGGGGAAGUUGUUGGGGGAAGUUUGGUGUGAAAUAUUCAAUUGUGUAGGUUUAGCUCAACGGAGUGAGAGUGAUUUACAAUCACUUUUACAAAACCUAAAAGAUAUUAGUAGAAAAUUGGAGGAAAGUGAUGAUGUGAGGGUGGACAUUACUAAAGAGCAACAAAUCGAAUUGUUAGUAGGCACAAGUUCAUCUUCGACAAUGGAAAUACAAAACCCAAUCCAAUCAAAGAACAAAGGAAAAAGUCGAAAUUGCCCAUCAACAAAAGAUACCCCACUUAAGCUACUGUCUUCUGUACAUUUGACUGGUUAUGCACACGGAUGUUCUGCUGGAUUCAUAGCAUCCUCCUUACUAGUGGAUGCACAAAGGUUUAGGAACAUCAGCUGUUACUGCAAUUUUAGGAUUCCUACAUGCUGCUAA